CUUUUUCUUUCUUUCACUUUAUCUUUAUUUCUAUUUAUUGUAACAAGUCUUUAAUAACGAAAAAUGUCGGUUGUAUACAAAAAUACAAUGAAAGCUCUUGGGAAAUACGUGCCUGAAAAACUUCAACCAUUUUGGAAUCAUCCAGCCGCUGCCUACAAGCUGUCGUUCAAGCUGCCUUCGAUAAUAAGUAUCCAUGGGAUUUGUGCUUUCAGGACCACAGACCAUAUUUUUCUGGGCACCAGCUGUAAAAUGGGGACUCGUGAUAGCAGGUUUAGGCGACUUACAAAGACCAGCCGAUAAAAUUUCCAUUGGACAGUCUUCCUCAUUGGCUGUUACUGGAAUCAUUUGGACGAGAUAUUCUUUGGCGAUCACACCAAAAAAUUGGAGUCUUUUCAGCGUAAACUUUUUCGUCGCAUGUACAGCACUCUAUCAAAUUUCUAGAGCGAUAAAUUAUCAACGAGGACAAGAAGCUUUAGCGAGUCAAUCAUCGAAAAGCAGCUAGUAACAAUUAUCGCAAAACUGCAUUUCUAGAAAAAGAAGAUAUGGCGAGCGUUGGAUGACAACGAUUUUCAAGAGCAAAAGAAGAGAAAAUAAAAAAAAAUCCAUUAGCAUUGUGUACGUUGACGUACAAAUGCUCGUUGUAUAGAUUCGAAGUUCAAGCGGAUAUCGAUGAAAAGUUCGUACGAAUAUUUAGGACGAUAUUAAAUUUCACAUUAUAUCGUCGGCACUUUUCGUUUAUUCAACGAAAGCAUACAGAAAAGACUUACGACGAUUUAUCGAUAAUUACACAUAUAAAUAUUCAUAUACAUAUUCAUAUAUAUAUAUACAUACAUAUACAUAUAAUAUAUACCGAAUGCGUGCAGUGCAUGCAGAUGAGUGGUACAAAUUGGACCAUGUAGACUUAUCGACGCGUCGACCAGUGUAGGAAGUUAUAGUAUAAAUUACAUAAUACGAGAGCAAGUGUCUACGUUUCUAACUGUAAUGUCGUAUAUAAAAGAUGCCGUAACAUUAUUUAAUAACCGAUCAUAUCCUAUAUAUUGAUUAUACAUCGGAAAUUGUUACAAAUAGCAUAAGUACAAACGGGAAACCCGAUGAACUUAAUAAAUAAUAAUAUUCGUUCAUCGUGGUAUAAUUUACAUUUAAUCGCUAUAUUACACCUAUAUUAUAGAUUUGCAUUCCCGCAUUAUUAUUGAUAAUAUCGUGCGUCGUCUUAUUGUAAAUAUAUUUAUCUUCCUACGAGCUCCUACUCUACCUCCGAAAUUACGAUCUAAGGGUUUUAAUUACGACGAAUGUAUUUGACAUCAACGUCGGCUAAUUAAAAGAUAUUAUAAUAGAUGUAUACAAAUUCUACACUUUUAAUCGACAUUGUUGUAAUUGAUUCUUGAAGAUUGUUGAAAUAAAGUACGGGUAAGAAGAAA